CUGAUGCGAACGCUUUCAGACUUUAUUUACAAACAGCAAAUACAUUUACACAUUUGAGAUAUCCUUAAAAAGGUUAUUAACAUUUCUGUGUAUUCCUAGUAGUGACUCUUCAUUAAUGACUAAACCGUCAAACUAUCGCAAGGCCAAGUCGCUGCAGUUUGUGGACGUGCGACAGAUGAACCUCCUGGAGGAGACGUACCUCCAGCACAAACUGAUCCAUAUUGGCCUCAGGCAGCGGCUAGUCCUCAAGCUGCUGCAGCAGGACAUCAACUCCCUCACACAGGAGCAUCGAAAGCUCCUCCACCAGCAGGCGUGUGAGCCCAUCGCCACCGUUGACAACACCAUGAGGGAGAUCUGGGAGGGUCGAGGAGGCGCCGGUGGCGGGCUGAGGGUUGCGUGGCAUCACCGCCGGCAGCACCACAUCCACUCCGCCCCUGCUCCCCGGGGUCCUCCUGUCUCUGCCAAAGCUGUUCCUCCGGGCAACGGCAACGGCAAGUCCCUGAGGAGGUCACGGAGCUCUCAUUCAGCUUCAGCUCUGACGCUCUCCCCAAUGGGACUCGGGGAGUUGGGAGAUGCUGGUGCUGAUGCUGAUGCUGGAGGAGCUCUGUCCCUGGUGCAGCUGAGAGACAUGGCGUGCAUCAACAGCAUCUCGGAGAGAGAGUUGGCCAGCCAGAGAGAGUGGCGAAGGCAGGAGAGAGAGCGGCUGAAGCGGGCAGAGAGGGAAGCGCUGAGACACAAAAUGCAGGCCUUCUUCCAGACCCUGGACAACAACAAUGUGUGACAAAGCAGGCCUAUUUGCAUGAUAAACUUUUUAUAUAAAAUUACAUACAUUGUAUAUACAAUUGUAUGUAAUUCAUUUUUAAAUCUUAGGGUUAUUGUAUGGUUACUGCUAAUAGAAAUCUACUGCAAAGUAACCAUAUCUUAAUUUGCCUUGCUGAUGAACAAGAUGAGCUUAAAUGUGGUGGUUUAGGCAUUUGGUCACAUGACCUAUUUAGGUCCAGCUAUCAUUCAAAUAUAAUUCUGCUUGAACACUAGAGGGAAUCCUACUGAGUGUCAAACAGUAAAAUGUCCUGGACUCAACAAGGAGCUUGAUUGUAUAAUGUUUUUUGCAUUGUUAAUCGUUUUAUUUUUUUAAAGUAGCCGAGAUUGACCUAAGGAAUGUGGUGAAUAAAGGUGAAUAAAACUAAAGCAAUUUGGAGGUCAUAGUUCAGCAACUAUUUAAACACGUCUCUGGUAAAAUUGGCUUCUGCACCUCAAAUACUGAAACGAUCAAAGUUUCAUGAAAAUGGUGGUAUAGGCACGACGUAUGGAAAUGGCAGUAUAGGCAUGACGUAAGGCCAACCGUAAAAGAUGU